AUGGCCACAUCGGCUCCAUCGAUCCCUCUCACCAACAUCGGAAAAAAUGAUGAAGAGACCCAAGUCCCAACCGAGGUCCAACGCGGCAUCACCAACGCUGGCGGCCCUGUGAACCCCGGCGACCGCGAGCGCUGGGUGGAAGCAGCCCGCACCAAAGUCUACGACGCCUGUUACAACGGGUGCGAUGCCAGCCCGAGCUGCGCCUCUGAAGCCUGCGCUAAGACGGCAGCGCUCAACGUCACUGGCGUCGUCUGUGAUGCGAACUUGCUGUGGGAUCAGAGGGAUAGGCAUAAAAAGCUGGAGAAGGCACGCCAGAACCUCGCCAUCCAGCCGCAAAGGAUUCCUUGUUAUCGACCCCCUCCACCGCUGCCGACGACGUCAGGAACUAGGACUGGAAAUACAACUACGCCAUUGCAAAAGAAGGUAUCACCACCGCCAAAGGCACCAAAGAAGAUGGCACCGCGUAGUCCUAGUUUGGACCAGUUAUCCCUUGAAACACUCGUAAAUGAUGCAGCUACCCCAACACCGGCUACGACCCCAUCGUCAGCCAGUACUUUGUCGACGUCAACCGAACCUCCAUUGGUGUAG